GUGCGCAUGUGCAGCAGUACAACCUGUAGUCCCUGUGAGGGUCACCACCAUGGUUCAGGUUCUGUGAGGGUCCAGAUGUUCCGACUGGUCCUCCGGAGGUUCCGGCCUCUCAGCGGGCCUCCGGGCCUCCUCUCUGCGGGCUCAGCUCGCUCCUCCAGCGGCCCUCCUCCUCCGGAACCAGAACCAGCUGCAGCUGCUGCCCGGGUCCGCAGCUCCUUCCUGGACUUCUUCCGUCAUAAACACGACCACCGGCUGGUUCCGUCCUCUCCGGUCCGACCCAGAGCAGACCCCAGCCUGCUCUUCGUCAACGCCGGCAUGAACCAGUUUAAGCCGGUGUUCCUGGGGACCGCCGACCCUCGCAGUGAGAUGGCGUCGUACCGGCGAGUGGUCAACAGUCAGAAGUGUGUCCGAGCCGGCGGCAAACACAACGACCUGGAGGACGUCGGCCGAGACGUCUACCACCACACCUUCUUUGAGAUGCUGGGGAACUGGUCCUUUGGAGACUACUUCAAGGAAGAGGCGUGCUGCAUGGCGUGGAGCCUCCUCACAGAGCAUUAUGGGAUACCUGCAAACAGACUGUAUGUGUCUUACUUUGCUGGAGAUGCUGCGUCAGGUUUACCAGCCGAUGAAGAAACUCGACAAAUCUGGUUGGAGAUCGGGGUUCCUCCUGCUCGCCUCCUGCCGUUCGGCUUGAAGGAGAACUUCUGGGAGAUGGGGGACUCGGGCCCCUGUGGCCCCUGCACCGAGAUCCACUACGACCACGUGGGAGGACGAGACGCCGCGGCGCUCGUCAACGCCGACAGUCCUGACGUGGUGGAGAUCUGGAACCUGGUCUUCAUGCAGUACAACAGGGAGGUGGACCAUGGUCUACAGCUGUUGCCCCAGUUCAGUGUGGAUACUGGGAUGGGACUGGAGAGACUGGUGAGCGUCCUGCAGGGUAAAAGAUCAAACUACGACACCGACUUGUUCACGCCGCUGCUCCACGCCAUCCACCAGAGGUCGAGGGUGGGCCCGUACGGCGGCAGGAUGGCGGCGGCAGACGAGGGGAGGGUGGACAUGGCGUACCGAGUGGUGGCCGACCACGUCCGCACCUUAUCGGUCUGCAUCGCUGACGGCGUUCAUCCAGGCAUGUCAGGAGCAGAGCUGGUGCUGAGGAGGAUUCUGCGGCGGGCGGUUCGGUUCUGUGUGGAGGUUCUUCAGGCUCCUCAGGGAACGCUGGCCGGCCUGGUUCCUACUGUCACCCACAUACUGGGUGAUGUGUAUCCGGAGCUCCACCGGGAGGCCGACCGGAUCAUGGACGUCAUCAACGAGAACGAGGCUCACUUCCUGUCGUCUCUGAAGCAGGGCAGCAGGCUGAUCCACCGAACACUCAACAGAAAGGACUACAAACAUGGAGUCUUCCCCGCCUCGGUGGCCUGGUCUCUGCACCGGGACCUGGGUUUCCCUCUGGACCUGGUGGACCUGAUGUUGGAGGAGAGAGGAGUCCAGGUGGACCGUCAGCAGCUGGACCGACUGAUCGCCGACAACCAGAAGGUGAUGUCUGAUCUUCAGUCAGGUGUUCAGUCUCAGGUGAUGUUGGACGUCCUCAGCCUGGCAGAGCUGCAGCGUCUCGGUGUCCCUCACACUGACGAUGGACUCAAAUAUGCGUACCGACUGGAGCAGGACAGAUACGUGUUCCCAGCAUGCCGUGCGACAGUCCUGGCUCUGUAUGACGGUCACACUCUGGUGUCAGAGGUCACCGAGGGUCAGCGCUGUGGUGUCCUCCUGGAUCAGACCUGCUUCUACUCUGAGCAGGGGGGACAGUCACAUGACCGGGGCUACUUCACCCGGGACGGACUGCAGGACAUCCUGUACCCCGUGGAGGCCGUGAUCCAGGCUGGGGGGUACGUGGUCCAUCAGGUGACCGCCACCGACAGCCUGAAGACUGGAGACCAGGUCCAGCUACACCUGGACCAGGUCCACAGAUUGUCCUGUAUGGUGAAUCACACAGCGACUCACAUCCUGAACUUUGCUCUGAGGAAAGUUCUGGGUGUUUCUGUUCAGCAGAGAGGAUCUCAUGUUUCAGCUGAUCGCCUCCGCUUCGACUUCAGUGUCAAGAGGUCACUGGACGUCUCUCAGCUGCAGCAGGUAGACAGGUGUGUUAAUGACAUCAUCUCAGCCAAUCAGAUCGUCCACAGCCAGGAGCUUCCUCUGCAGGCAGCCAGGAGCAUCAACGGGCUGAGGACAGUGGACGAGAUGUAUCCGGACCCUGUGAGGGUGGUGUCCGUGGCCGUGGCGGUCUCCGAGCUGAUGGACGAUCAGACGGACGGAGAGUCGUCUGUGGAGCUCUGCUGUGGGACCCACCUGCUGCAGACCGGAACCAUCCAGGACCUGGUGAUAGUUUCUGAGAGACAGAUGGUGAAAGGAAUCAGUCGUAUCGUCGCUGUGACGGGACGGGAGGCAACACGGGCUCGGGAGGACGGUCAGGUGUUGUCUCAGGAUGUGGACUCUCUGUCAGCCAGACUGACAGGCUCCGCCCCCUCCAGCCUCGACUCCGCCCAGCAUCUCGCCAAGGAGGUCGGAGUCCUCUCUGAUGCUGUAGAUAACACCCCCAUCCCUCAGUGGUGGCGCAGAGAGCUGCAGAGCCGACUCAGAGCGCUGCAGAGGACCAGUAACACCGCCGUCAGGAAACUGGAGAUCACAGAGGCUGCGGUGAGAGCUCAGGCUCUGCUGGAGAAGAACGGCUUUAAGGAUCUGCAGGUGGAUUCUGUGGAGACGGACUCUCUGUCGAUCGUGAUGAAGACGGUGAAUCAGCUGAGCGCUGCAGCUCCUCACAGUCACGUGAUGCUGCUCGCUCACCAAAGGCAUUCUGGGAAGGUUCUGUGUGCCUGUCAGGUUCCCAAGGACUCAGCAGCCCUCUCGGCCUCUGAUUGGGCGGUGGCGGUGUGUCGUCACCUCGGGGGGAGCGCCGGCGGCUCCGCGCUGGUUGCCAAGGGAACAGGAAGCAGUGGUGACAUCACUGAAGCGCUGAGGUGGGCGGAGGAGUUCGCUCGCCAGAAAACACAACAAUGAUGUCGUAAAGCGAGAGAUGACAUCAGUCUGACAUCACAGCGCCGCAUGCUGAGGGGGUGAGGUAUUUCUACACUGAGGAACUGUUUCCUGUUUGGACAGGAAGUAUGGUGGCGGGACAAGUGAGGACCAAUACGACGUCUUCGCUUUGCUGCUGUCUGGUAGCAUGCUAAUGGUUAGCUUCCUUCACAUGCUGCUGUUAAACUGAACGUCGGGGGGUGGACAAAAUAUCAGAAACACCUCAAACCGGCGCUUUAAGUUUCUAUUAUAUCAUGAAUGUGGACCUGAUAAACCUGAUAUUAUAACUCCUCUGAUGCUACAUCCUGUAACAUGCUGCUGAGUGGACUGUACUGAAGGUACUAAAGUACUAAAGGUACUAAAGGUGAGUACUGUAAGCCCCGCCCACAGCUGCAUUGGACGACACAGCCAGGUGUGAAGGUUUAUGAUUUAUAACUGAUAUUUUAUAAAUCUGAACCUUACAUUUUUGUUUUAUAAUAAAUUACUGCUCACACUGACUCACA